AUGGCCAGCUUCAAGUCUCUUCUUAUAGCAUACGUCCUCGGUGGUUUGACCUUUAUACCGCUGGUGAUAGUGUCUGUGCUGGCGUUCAUAUUCUAUACCUCUCCCAUCGUCGACGACACCGCCAACGAACCGAAAUACAGCCCCAUCGUCGAUAAGGACGAUGAUACAACCGCUCUCGAGGCCGCUAAGCGGUCGCACAAGAAGGACAACCGCGCCCACGAAAACGACCUCGAUGUAGCCGCCGGCUUCUUCGCUGUGUGCAGAGAGUACACGCCUAUGGGGAUCAAUGCGAAGCCUAUCGAACGGUCAACGCCCGUGGGAUCUACGACCGUGGCCCCUUCGAGCCCCAGUGUCUAUCAGACCAUGUACCGGAGCAUAUUCGAGAGGAAGCCCACACCAGGACCUCUAGACAACAACAGUAACAGCACGAGUCAACGGCCCAAGAACGCGGGCAACGUUUUCUAUGUGGUGUUGAGACAUGGCCAUCUUAUGUUGUUCGACGACGAAGAACAGGUUGAAGUUCGACAUGUUGUUUCCCUGGCAUACCACGAUAUCAGUAUAUACUCAGGCGGUGAUGUCACUCCUGAAGGCGAACUCUUCAUCAAGCGAAAUGCGAUCCGACUAUCCCGAAAACAGGCUGGUACCGAACUGACUUCUGACAGCCCUGUUUCUAAACCUUUCUUCCUAUUCUCUGAAAACUGUUCAGCAAAAGAGGAUUUCUACUUUGCCCUGCUCAAAAACCAAGAGCAGAGUUUCGGGGUGGACGGCCAAGUGCCGAAGCCAUUGCAUUUCGAUGUUAAGAAUAUCAUCUCACUGGUCCAGAAGCUUCACUCUACGGAAGAGAACAUCCAUUCGAGAUGGCUAAAUGCAUUGCUUGGGAGGGUCUUCUUAGGAAUCAACCAGACGAAGGAUAUCGAGACCUUCAUCCGUGAGAAGCUCACUAAAAAGAUCUCCCGUGUUAAACGACCUUCAUUUCUUACUCACAUUACCAUCAAUGGAAUUGACACCGGCUCGGCAGCACCUUACUUUACGAACUUCAAACUCAAGGAUCUUACAGUUGAGGGAGAAUGUGUCGUUGAAGCCGACGUCAAAUACUCGGGAAAUGCUCGUAUUGAAAUCGCUGCCACAGCAAAGAUCGACCUCGGCGCUAGAUUUAAAGCACGGGAAGUCAACCUUGUCCUUGCAGCUGUUCUCAAGAGAGCUGAGGGCCAUAUGCUGUUCAAGAUCAAACCGCCACCAAGCAACCGAGUUUGGGUAGCUUUCCAGAGCAUGCCCAAGAUGGAAAUGGAUAUCGAACCCAUCGUUAGUGCGAGACAAAUCACUUAUACAGUCAUCCUUCGACAGAUCGAGAAUCGUAUAAAGGAAGUCAUUGCAGAAACAGUCGUGUUGCCAUUCUGGGAUGAUAUGCCCUUUUUCAAGACGGAGCACAAGCAGUGGCGAGGCGGUAUCUUUGAAGGAGAUGACGCCACGGUUCCCACUAAUGAUGCUGAAAGUAUAGUCGCUGCAGCAGGAGAUGUUGCAGCUGUCAGCCAUCUUGAUGGAAACCCGGACUUAACAGAGGAGACGAAACCCCUGGAAAAAAGCCAGACAGUCCCAGUCAUGGAAGCAACACCACCGCCAACGGGUCUCUUUGGGCGCAGACUUAGCAGGACAGGCACAAACCCUCAAGCUUCUGUUUCUGCUUCUGCUUCAUCAACCAGUGUCGACUCUAAGGGACCGGGUGCAAGCCCAGUAUUGAAGCCCAAGAUCUCCAAGGCGUCCCUACAGCCUAUCGUGGGUACUGAUGCCGCUCAUGCUGACAUUUUCAAGCCAUCGACAUCACCCCCUGAUCAUGCUACUAAUUACAUGGCGGCUCUGCACUCCCGCUCACACGACGCUUCCCCCAAGCCCCCCCAGACUUCAGAUGCGCCUCUGGAGUCAUCGUCUGCUUCCCAAAGGUCAACCCGGUCUUCACGCUCUUCCUCAUCAGUAAACGAAGCCCUCAACAAUGAUGUACCGGAAGACACUCAGAAGACUCCUGUUGCCAUCGGCCGCCGUAAUACGACCUCGUCGACUGGUUCAUCUCACACUGAUGAAAGACCAGGUUCCUCUGCUGUCUCCUUGAAAGAGUCCAUCAAGAGCCAGACAGGGUCACUGGGAAGGAGUUUCUUUACACGGCGUGAGCAUCCGGAGGUACCCGUUCAAGUGGACGAGGAGUCGGACCACAGUGAAGCUUCUCGAGACCACCCGAAUAAUCCACUCCAGAGACAGACUACGCUGGCGGCUGUUUCAAAUGCAGCAUUGCAAGCCAAACAAUGGGGUUGGAACGCUUAUCAACGACACAAGGAAGCACGCAGACAGGCAGAGCAAGCAAACCAUCUUGAUCUCAGCCAGCCCAUGGGAAGAGGUCAACCACUACCUCCUCCAGGAACGCCUCUCCCUAAGCCUACAAAUGGCAUGACGCGGAUAGCACCCCCGACGAGUGUUCCUGCGAGGAAGCCAGUCCCUGGACACAAUUCGGUAGAGUCUCUUGAGACUCACCACGAAAGCCAUCCUGAGCACGAGCAUGAGAAGCAUGGCGACCACCGUCCUCCCUUCUCUUCUCGCGGACGGCGUAGACAGAGCCACGCACCUGAACCGGACAAUGGACAGAAUGUAUUCGUCGUUGCCGCCCCAGAGGACUCUCAGCCCGCUACGCCAUCGGGCGAUGACCCUUCAAAUCAUCAAGUGUGGGCUUCCAGUGAUGAGCAGACAGUGACAGAUAGCGGAACAUCUCAUCCUCCCUCGAUGAUCACCAACGAAUCCUCACUCGUGCAAGAUGAAAAGUCAGCUAGCCCUGUAGAGCCAAAACCUGCCGCUCCAGCAGCAGCAGACGACGACGAUGACUUUUCUGGAUGGAUGGACAACGAACCGUUAGAUAUGGAAAUCAAUGACCCUGUACAGCCAACUGUACAGGAAGUCAAGUAA